AUGAGCCUCAUAAAUCUAACUUAGUUCGAACUUUGAGGACUGUUCGCGGCGGACUGUUCAAGCCGCCUGGCGAUCGGCCCGGGGUGAAGAAUAAACUCGUCAUUGUGACCAGUCACGUGCCGGAAAUGGCGUCUAAAAAGGCCAUAAAUGUGGCCAAGAAAUUGGUUCGGUCUGGUGUUGAAAUAUUUGGUAUUGGCGUGGGCUUACCAAAUCAGGCUGUGCUGUCUGACAUUGUGUCCUCUACAACUGAAAAGCACCUACUCUCAGUUCCCGGCUUCACCGACCUCUCUCCUAUCUCUGACACUAUUGCCUCUAAACUCUGCAUGGGUGGCCAGGUUGCUGGGCAACGGAAUUCAGGGAACGGAAAACUAGACCUAGUCUUUUUAAUACACUACUCCAGUAGGACGUCGUCGGCAGAGUUCAGUGAGCUGACGAGAUUUUUACAAUAUAUCGUCCAGCAACUGGACGUAGAUUCGGGGGCUGUACGAGUAGGAGCUGUAGUUUACGGGACAAGUGGUUACUUGCAGUUUACGCUCCAGAAAUACUCCAGCAGCCGUGACGUUCAAAAUGCUUUGGGCAAGAUGUCUUUCUCUUACCGCUCCUCGAAAUCUAACUGGAACUCCGCGUUUACGGUUGUGUCCAGACGCAUGUUCACGGCGUCAAAAGGCGACCGCGCCGACGCCCAAAACGUCCUGAUGAUUGUGACGGAUUCCGACGACAACGCUAAGAAGAGGAAGGCGCUGCAGCAGUCGUUGGCACUAAAGAGUAAAGGCGUUGUGAUCACCGCCGUAGGCAUCGGUCAAGACAGGACGUCGGCGCUGAACGGUCUUGUGACCACGCCCCUGAACGAGAACACCUUCUACACGUCAGGAUACAACGGUCUUCCGGCUCUCAGAGGAAACGUCAUCAGCAAAUUAAUGAGAGGAUGCUCCGGAGAUCUCGUAGACCUCGUAAUUUUGCUAGACGUUUCCACGAGUUUAACUCAGAACAACUUUGAGAGAAUUAUCGUAUUUCUGAUCAAGCUGUUGUCGGAGGCAGACAUCGAUUCCGGCGCCGUACGAGUCGGGCUGCUCGCAUACAGUACGAUGGCGAACGUCGAGUUUAACUUAAAAACGCACAAGACUCGUCCCAGCCUUUUAAAAGCCAUCGCCAAAGUACAGUACACCGGCGGAAGUACGAAUACCGCGGACGCUCUGCGCGUCAUGCGCACGAGGAUGUUCCGGAAGCGACGAGGAGACAGAGCGACGGCAAAGAACAUUGCGCUGAUCAUCACGGACGGUGUGUCAAAUAUUCAGCAGGAUCAAACCAUUCCUCAAGCAUACCGUGUCCACAACUCCGGAAUCACUGUGUUCGGGUUGGGCAUCGGGCUUAGCGACACAAGGGAGUUAGGUCACGUCGUAUCCAAGCCGGUCUGGGAUCAUCGCAUUAUGGUGAAGAACUACUUCGAGAUGGAAGGGGUGAGAAAGCUCCUCUUCAACAGGCUUUGUUUGGUUGCAAUUCCAUCGCCAAAUGAAACUGUUGUCGUCAAGACGUCUGAUCCAGAAAGUAACCCGUUGCUGGAUGUAUUAUUCGCCUUCCACAUGUCACCUCACAGCACGGAAUCCGACCACCAACACCUGAAAUCUUUCAUGAAGUCCGUCAUCCAGCACGCCAAAAUCGACACUGGUGACGUUAGAGUGGCUUUGAUGACGUAUUCCUGGAAACCAGAAGUCAUUUACAGCUUGGACACCUUCCGUUCUUACAAAGAGGUCAUGGCAGGGAUGGACUUGAUUACGUCACAGUACAAGUCCAAAUACGUCCACACCGCUUCGGCUUUGGAGACGAUCCUAGCUCGGAUUUUUACGCGGCAGGAAGGAUCGAGGCAGAAGGCUGCACAUUUGGUGUACUUCAUCAUGAAUGCUCGCAGCAACAUCGACCAGGGCCGUGUUCCAGGCGUGGCCCGACUGCUACAGGAAGCGGAAAUCACCGUGUAUGCCGUCGGCGUGGAGUCUGCGGACAAACACGAGCUUCAAAGCAUUGCCAGUAAUCCUGGCUCUCAUUUCGUACAGCAAGUAAACUCGUACGGCCAGCUCGAAGCCGUUCGCGAAUCACUCACCGAACAAGUCUUCGCAUUGAGAAAACGGCGUCCCAGGCCUACCCGACCUCCAGCUGAAGAUCUCACGCUAGGAACAGAACAAAGUUGCUCCAAUACAGAAGCUGAUAUCGUCUUCCUGUUGGACGCCUCUACAAGCGUUACAGAUAUAAAUUUCCAGCACCAACUUGCAUUCGUGCAAGACGUCUUAGAAACCGCGGACAUCGACAACGGAAACAUCCGCGUUGGAGUCUUGACCUUCAGUAACGAUGUCUACAUUCAGUUUCAUCUGAAUGAGUUCUAUACCAAGUCAGCCCUCAUGAAAGCCAUCGCCAACGUACCGUACAAUUAUGGAAGCACGAACACGGCCAAUGCUCUAAGAACCGCAAGGGAAAUCAUGUUCACUCCGCAUAACGGAGACCGCCAUGACGUUCCGAAUUUCGCCAUCGUUCUCACAGAUGGUGUGUCGAACGUGAACUCCCUGCACACGAUUCCAGAGGCUGAUUUGGCUCGAGAAGCAGGCAUCAUUGUGUACGCUGUAGGCAUCGGACUAACAGAUAACCAGGAAAUAGACGACAUGGCCGACAAACCGCUGGAUAAACACAGGUACCUUGUCGAUGAUUUCCCAAACUUACAACAGCUGGACGAGCGAGUCUUCAACUCUAUAUGCAGACAUCAAGGAGUCCGGCUUCCCCCGCGACUUCCAGAUUUGCCUCCGGUGUGCUCCACAUCCACGGCAGAUAUCGUCAUAGCGUUAGAUGCCUCUACGAGCGUCACAGAAGAGAAUUUCGGGACGCUUCUGUCCUUCGUGCAGGAUUUCGUGCGACCGGCAGAAAUCGACAACGGAAAUGUUCGGAUCGGCAUGCUAACGUUCAGCACAGACGUCUACAUUCAGUUUCACAUGUACCAACAUCCUACCAAGGAAGGCGUUCUAAAGGCAAUAGGGAACGUUCCAUACCGCUGGGGUAGUACGAACACGGCAGACGCUCUGAAGACCGUGCGCACCACUAUGUUCAUGUAUCAGCAUGGGGACAGACCGGACGUCCGGAACAUAGUUCUGCUGAUUACGGACGGUUUGUCCAAUAUCAACUCCCGGAUGACCAUUCCGGAAGCGAACAAUCUCCGGGACCAUGGAAUAAUCGUGUUCGCCGUGGGAAUCGGCUUAUCAAACACUCGCGAACUGGAUGGCAUUGCCAACAAACCACUGGACAAAUACCGCUUUAAUGUCGAAGACUUUUCAGCUUUGCAAGAUCUUGAUCGACGGAUAUUUUCCUCCAUUUGUGUCGGUAACCUACCCACACAGCCUGUUUCCCCAUCCCGUCCGAUAUCUCCGUCUACCUGCGCGUCUGCACGUGCAGAUAUAGUCAUAGUGCUGGAUGCCUCCACCAGCGUCACGGACUUCAACUUCCAGCUCCAACUAGCCUUCGUUCAAGAUCUUUUAAAACCUGCUAGUAUCGACAAUGGUAAUGUCCGCGUCGGUGUGCUCACGUACAGCACCGACGUCUACAUCCAGUUUCACCUGAAUCAGUACAGAACGAAAGACGCCCUUCUGAAAGCCAUCGGGCAGAUUCCUUACAACCACGGCAGCACCAACACCGCCGAUGGGCUGAAGACCAUGAGGACGCAGAUGUUUGUAACUGCCAUGGGAGACCGACCGGGAGUAGAGAAUGUCGCCGUCGUUUUGACGGACGGCGUGUCCAACAUCAACUCAAGGCGUACCAUUCCUGAGGCAGACCUCGCCCGAGACCAAGGAAUCACGGUGUACGCCAUCGGUAUUGGCAUCCGAGACACACGAGAAAUUGACGGGAUUGCCAACAAGCCUUUGGAGAAAUACAGAUUUAAUGUGGAUGACUUUGCAGCCCUGAAAGACAUCGAUAGACAGAUUUACUCUGCUUUUUGUGUCUCUAAACCGCCACCCUUGCUGCCAAAACCUUCUCAAGCCUGUGUCGGAGCAGAAGCAGAUAUCGUUGUUGUUGUUGACGCUUCCACCAGUGUGACAGAGUUCAACUUCCAGCUUCAGCUGGCCUUCCUCAUGGAUCUCGUCAAAAAAGCCGACGUUCCCAACGGUAAUGUCAGAUUUGGUGUUUUGACAUUCAGCACUGACGUCUACAUCCAGUUCCAUCUGAACGAGUACAGGACCAGGGAUGACUACAUCAACGCCAUUGCUCAGAUUCCUUACAACUACGGAAGCACCAAUACUGCUGAUGGCAUAAAGACUAUGAGGACAGAGAUGUUUACCAGUAGAACUGGUGACCGACCCGGUAUUCAAAACAUUGCGGUUGUUCUAACUGACGGUGUGUCCAACAUCAACUCUCGCCGUACCAUUCCUGAAGCUGACUUAGCCCGCCAGGCAGGCAUCACAAUAUACGCCAUCGGUAUUGGCAUCCAAGAUACCCGAGAAAUCGACGGAAUUGCCAGCAGGCCUUUAGAUAAGUACCGAUUCAAUGUGGACGACUUUGAAGCUCUGCAAAACAUCGACAAGUCUCUGUUUAAGUCUCUUUGUGUUGCGGUGACACCUAAACCGACACCAAGGCCGACACCGAAACCAACACCACCUCCCACGACGCCACCUCCUAUCUUGAAAGAAUGUAUUGGCACAGAAGCUGACAUCGUUGUUGUUGUGGAUGCCUCCACCAGUGUGACAGAGUUCAACUUCCAGCUUCAGCUGGCCUUCCUCAUGGAUCUCAUCAAGAAAGCCGAUGUUCCUAAUGGCUCGGUCAGAUUUGGUGUUUUGACAUUCAGCACUGACGUCUACAUCCAGUUCCAUCUGAACGAGUACAGGACCAGGGAUGACUACAUCAACGCCCUUGCUCAGAUUCCUUACAACCAUGGCAGUACCAAUACUGCUGAUGGCUUGAAAGCUAUGAGAACACAAAUGUUUACAAGACGAAAUGGCGAUCGACCAAAUGUUCAAAACAUUGGGGUUGUUCUGACUGACGGUGUGUCCAACAUCAACUCUCGCCGUACCAUUCCCGAAGCCAAUCUAGCACGCCAGGCAGGGGUUACAUUGUAUGCCAUCGGUAUUGGCAUCCAAGACACCCGAGAAAUCGACGGAAUUGCCAACAAGCCUCUGGAUAGAUACCGAUUCAAUGUGGACGACUUUGAGGCUUUACAGUACAUUGACCAGUCGCUUUUUAAAUCUCUUUGCGUCGAAGUGACACCAAAACCGACACCAAGGCCUACGCCGAAACCAACUCCACCGCCCACGACGCCACCUCCUAUCUUGAAAGAAUGUAUUGGCACAGAAGCUGACAUCGUUGUUGUUGUGGAUGCCUCCACCAGUGUGACAGAGUUCAACUUCCAGCUUCAGCUGGCCUUCCUCAUGGAUCUCAUCAAGAAAGCCGAUGUUCCUAAUGGCUCGGUCAGAUUUGGUGUUUUGACAUUCAGCACUGAUGUCUACAUCCAGUUCCAUCUGAACGAGUACAGGACCAGGGAUGACUACAUCAACGCCCUUGCUCAGAUUCCUUACAACCAUGGCAGUACCAAUACUGCUGAUGGCUUGAAGGCUAUGAGAACACAAAUGUUUACAAGACGAAAUGGCGAUCGACCAAAUGUUCAAAACAUUGGGGUUGUUCUGACUGACGGUGUGUCCAACAUCAACUCUCGCCGUACCAUUCCCGAAGCCAAUCUAGCACGCCAGGCAGGGAUCACAUUGUAUGCCAUCGGUAUUGGCAUCCAAGACACCCGAGAAAUCGACGGAAUUGCCAACAAGCCUCUGGAUAGAUACCGAUUCAAUGUGGACGACUUUGAGGCUUUACAGUACAUUGACCAGUCGCUUUUUAAAUCUCUCUGCGUCGAAGUGACACCAAAACCGACACCAAGGCCUACGCCGAAACCAACUCCACCGCCCACGACGCCACCUCCUAUCUUGAAAGAAUGUAUUGGCACAGAAGCUGACAUCGUUGUUGUUGUGGAUGCCUCCACCAGUGUGACAGAGUUCAACUUCCAGCUUCAGCUGGCCUUCCUCAUGGAUCUCAUCAAGAAAGCCGAUGUUCCUAAUGGCUCGGUCAGAUUUGGUGUUUUGACAUUCAGCACUGAUGUCUACAUCCAGUUCCAUCUGAACGAGUACAGGACCAGGGAUGACUACAUCAACGCCCUUGCUCAGAUUCCUUACAACCAUGGCAGUACCAAUACUGCUGAUGGCUUGAAGGCUAUGAGAACACAAAUGUUUACAAGACGAAAUGGCGAUCGACCAAAUGUUCAGAACAUUGGGGUUGUUCUGACUGACGGUGUGUCCAACAUCAACUCUCGCCGUACCAUUCCCGAAGCCAAUCUAGCACGCCAGGCAGGGAUCACAUUGUAUGCCAUCGGUAUUGGCAUCCAAGACACCCGAGAAAUCGACGGAAUUGCCAACAAGCCUCUGGAUAGAUACCGAUUCAAUGUGGACGACUUUGAGGCUUUACAGUACAUUGACCAGUCGCUUUUUAAAUCUCUUUGCGUCGAAGUGACACCAAAACCGACACCAAGGCCUACGCCGAAACCAACUCCACCGCCCACGACGCCACCUCCUGUCUUGAAAGAAUGUAUUGGCACAGAAGCUGACAUCGUUGUUGUUGUGGAUGCCUCCACCAGUGUGACAGAGUUCAACUUCCAGCUUCAGCUGGCCUUCCUCAUGGAUCUCAUCAAGAAAGCCGAUGUUCCUAAUGGCUCGGUCAGAUUUGGUGUUUUGACAUUCAGCACUGACGUCUACAUCCAGUUCCAUCUGAACGAGUACAGGACCAGGGAUGACUACAUCAACGCCCUUGCUCAGAUUCCUUACAACCAUGGCAGUACCAAUACUGCUGAUGGCUUGAAGGCUAUGAGAACACAAAUGUUUACAAGACGAAAUGGCGAUCGACCAAAUGUUCAAAACAUUGGGGUUGUUCUGACUGACGGUGUGUCCAACAUCAACUCUCGCCGUACCAUUCCCGAAGCCAAUCUAGCACGCCAGGCAGGGAUCACAUUGUAUGCCAUCGGUAUUGGCAUCCAAGACACCCGAGAAAUCGACGGAAUUGCCAACAAGCCUCUGGAUAGAUACCGAUUCAAUGUGGACGACUUUGAGGCUUUACAGUACAUUGACCAGUCGCUUUUUAAAUCUCUCUGCGUCGAAGUGACACCAAAACCGACACCAAGGCCUACGCCGAAACCAACUCCACCGCCCACGACGCCACCUCCUAUCUUGAAAGAAUGUAUUGGCACAGAAGCUGACAUCGUUGUUGUUGUGGAUGCCUCCACCAGUGUGACAGAGUUCAACUUCCAGCUUCAGCUGGCCUUCCUCAUGGAUCUCAUCAAGAAAGCCGAUGUUCCUAAUGGCUCGGUCAGAUUUGGUGUUUUGACAUUCAGCACUGAUGUCUACAUCCAGUUCCAUCUGAACGAGUACAGGACCAGGGAUGACUACAUCAACGCCCUUGCUCAGAUUCCUUACAACCAUGGCAGUACCAAUACUGCUGAUGGCUUGAAGGCUAUGAGAACACAAAUGUUUACAAGACGAAAUGGCGAUCGACCAAAUGUUCAGAACAUUGGGGUUGUUCUGACUGACGGUGUGUCCAACAUCAACUCUCGCCGUACCAUUCCCGAAGCCAAUCUAGCACGCCAGGCAGGGAUCACAUUGUAUGCCAUCGGUAUUGGCAUCCAAGACACCCGAGAAAUCGACGGAAUUGCCAACAAGCCUCUGGAUAGAUACCGAUUCAAUGUGGACGACUUUGAGGCUUUACAGUACAUUGACCAGUCGCUUUUUAAAUCUCUUUGCGUCGAAGUGACACCAAAACCGACACCAAGGCCUACGCCGAAACCAACUCCACCGCCCACGACGCCACCUCCUGUCUUGAAAGAAUGUAUUGGCACAGAAGCUGACAUCGUUGUUGUUGUGGAUGCCUCCACCAGUGUGACAGAGUUCAACUUCCAGCUUCAGCUGGCCUUCCUCAUGGAUCUCAUCAAGAAAGCCGAUGUUCCUAAUGGCUCGGUCAGAUUUGGUGUUUUGACAUUCAGCACUGACGUCUACAUCCAGUUCCAUCUGAACGAGUACAGGACCAGGGAUGACUACAUCAACGCCCUUGCUCAGAUUCCUUACAACCAUGGCAGUACCAAUACUGCUGAUGGCUUGAAGGCUAUGAGAACACAAAUGUUUACAAGACGAAAUGGCGAUCGACCAAAUGUUCAAAACAUUGGGGUUGUUCUGACUGACGGUGUGUCCAACAUCAACUCUCGCCGUACCAUUCCCGAAGCCAAUCUAGCACGCCAGGCAGGGAUCACAUUGUAUGCCAUCGGUAUUGGCAUCCAAGACACCCGAGAAAUCGACGGAAUUGCCAACAAGCCUCUGGAUAGAUACCGAUUCAAUGUGGACGACUUUGAGGCUUUACAGUACAUUGACCAGUCGCUUUUUAAAUCUCUCUGCGUCGAGGUAACUCCCAAGCCAACGCCUCCCCCAACAACAACGAGAUCCCGGCCAGGUGGGAAAGAGUGCGGUUCCAGAGCGGAUAUUGUCAUUGUUCUGGAUGCAUCCACCAGCGUCACAGAGUUCAACUUCCAGCUCCAACUCGCCUUUGUUCAGGACUUGGUCAAAAACUCCGACAUCGACAGCGGUAACGUCCGUAUUGGGAUUCUCACCUAUAGCACGGAUGUCUACAUCCAGUUUCACAUGAACCAGUACAGAACUAAAAGCGAGCUCAUCACGGCCGUAGGAAACAUCCCAUACAACUACGGCAGUACCAACACGGCCGACGCUCUGAAGACCAUGAGAACUGAAAUGUUCACGAGGCAAAAUGGUGAUCGGCCAGACGUGGAGAAUAUUGGUAUAGUCAUGACUGACGGUGUGUCCAAUAUCAACUCACGAAGGACGAUCCCCGAAGGCGGCUUGGCGAGAGACGCCGGUAUUAAAAUGUACGCCAUUGGUAUUGGCAUCACUGACACACGAGAGUUGGACGGCAUCGCCUCCCGGCCACUUGAUGAUCAUCGGUUCAAAGUGGAUGACUUUGAAGCGCUGCAGAACAUAGACAAAAAGUUGUAUUUGUCCCUCUGCGUGGUGGCGACGGUACCACCUCCUCCAGUUCAAUCCUGUGUCGGGGCAGAAGCUGACAUCGUUGUUGUUGUUGACGCCUCCACCAGUGUGACAGAGUUCAACUUCCAGCUUCAGUUGGCCUUCCUCAUGGAUCUCGUCAAAAAAGCCGACGUUCCCAACGGUAAUGUCAGAUUUGGUGUUUUGACAUUCAGCACUGAAGUCUACAUCCAGUUCCAUCUGAACGAGUACAGGACCAGGGAUGACUACAUCAACGCCAUUGCUCAGAUUCCGUACAACUACGGAAGCACCAAUACCGCUGAUGGUAUUAAAACCAUGAGGACAGAGAUGUUUACAAGGCGAAAUGGAGACAGACCAAAUGUUCAGAACAUUGGGGUUGUUCUGACUGACGGUGUGUCCAACAUCAACUCUCGCCGUACCAUUCCUGAAGCUGACUUAGCCCGACAGGCAGGUAUCACAGUGUAUGCUAUCGGUAUUGGCAUCCAAGAUACCCGAGAAAUCGACGGAAUUGCCAACAAGCCUUUGGAUAAGUACCGAUUCAAUGUGGACGACUUUGAAGCUCUACAAAACAUUGACAAGUCGCUCUUCAAGUCUCUGUGUAUUGAGGUGACGACCCCUAAACCCAGGCCGACCACCCCGAAACCGACACCGCCACCGACACCGCCACCAUCACCUCAGCUGUCCUGUGUCGGAGCGGAGGCAGACAUUGUUGUUGUUGUUGACGCCUCUACCAGUGUGACAGAGUUCAACUUCCAACUUCAGUUGGCCUUCCUCAUGGAUCUUAUCAAGAAAGCCGACAUUCCCAACGGUAAUGUCAGAUUUGGUGUUUUGACAUUCAGCACUGACGUCUACAUCCAGUUCCACAUGAAUGAAUACUCGACCAGAGACGACUACAUCAACGCCCUUGCUCAGAUUCCUUACAAUUACGGAAGCACAAAUACCGCUGAUGGUAUUAAAACCAUGAGGACAGAGAUGUUUACGAGGCGAAAUGGAGACCGACCAAAUGUCCAGAACAUUGGGGUUGUUCUGACUGAUGGUGUGUCCAACAUCAACUCUCGCCGUACUAUUCCUGAAGCUGACCUAGCCCGCCAGGCCGGGAUCACAUUGUAUGCCAUCGGUAUUGGCAUCCAAGAUACCCGAGAAAUCGACGGAAUUGCCAGCAGGCCUUUGGAUAAGUACCGAUUCAAUGUGGACGACUUUGAAGCUCUGCAAAACAUUGACCAGUCUCUGUUCAAAUCACUUUGCAUUGAGAUUGAAACAACGACGACAACAACAACGACUACAACUACAACCACCACCACAACCACCACCACGACAACAACAACAACUCCUCCGCCAACACCUCUUCUAGAAUGUGUUGGAACAGAAGCUGACAUCGUGGUCGUUGUUGACGCCUCCACCAGUGUGACAGAGUUCAACUUCCAGCUUCAGUUGGCCUUCCUCAUGGAUCUGGUCAAAAAAGCCGAUGUUCCUAAUGGCGCUGUCAGAUUUGGUGUUUUAACAUUCAGCACUGACGUCUACAUCCAGUUCCACAUGAAUGAAUACACGACUAGGGACGACUACAUCAACGCCAUUGCUCAGAUUCCUUAUAACUAUGGAAGCACCAAUACCGCUGAUGGUAUUAAAACCAUGAGGACAGAGAUGUUUACAAGGCGAAAUGGAGACAGACCAAAUAUCCAGAACAUUGGGGUUGUUCUGACAGACGGCGUGUCUAACAUAAACUCUCGCCGUACCAUUCCUGAAGCUGACUUAGCCCGACAGGCAGGUAUCACAGUGUAUGCCAUCGGUAUUGGCAUCCAAGAUACCCGUGAAAUCGACGGAAUUGCCAGCAGGCCUUUGGAUAAGUACCGAUUCAAUGUGGACGACUUCGAAGCUCUACAAAACAUUGACAAGUCUCUCUUCAAGUCUCUUUGUAUUGAGGUGCAGACGCCCAAGCCGACCCCACCACCAACAACGACGACGCCUCGUCCAACCACACUUUUAGAUUGUAUUGGCAGCGAGGCUGAUAUCGUUGUUGUUGUUGACGCCUCUACCAGUGUGACAGAGUUCAACUUCCAGCUUCAGCUGGCCUUCCUCAUGGAUCUCAUCAAGAAAGCCGACAUUCCCAAUGGCGCUGUGAGGUUUGGUGUUUUAACAUUCAGCACUGACGUCUACAUCCAGUUCCACAUGAAUGAAUACAGGACCAGGGACGACUACAUCAACGCCAUUGCUCAGAUUCCUUAUAACUACGGAAGCACCAAUACCGCUGAUGGUAUUAAAACCAUGAGGACAGAGAUGUUUAGCAGACGAAAUGGAGACAGACCGAAUGUUCAGAACAUUGGGGUUGUUCUGACAGACGGUGUGUCCAACAUCAACUCUCGCCGUACCAUUCCCGAAGCUGACUUAGCCCGACAGGCAGGUAUCACAGUGUAUGCCAUCGGUAUUGGCAUCCAAGAUACCCGAGAAAUCGACGGAAUUGCCAACAAGCCUUUGGAUAAGUACCGAUUCAAUGUGGACGACUUUGAAGCUCUACAAAACAUUGAUAAAAGUCUCUUCAAAUCUCUGUGUAUUGAGGUGAAGAAGCCCAAACCAACACCGCCACCAACUACGCCCAGACCAACGCUGGAUUGUAUUGGUAGCGAGGCUGACAUCGUUGUUGUUGUUGACGCCUCUACCAGUGUGACAGAACUCAACUUCCAGCUUCAGCUGGCCUUCCUCAUGGAUCUUGUCAAGAAAGCCGACAUUCCUAACGGAGCUGUGAGGUUUGGAGUUUUGACAUACAGCACUGAUGUCUACAUCCAGUUCCAUCUGAACGAAUUUAGGACCAGGGACGACUACAUCAAUGCCAUUUCCCAGAUUCCGUACAACUACGGAAGCACCAAUACUGCAGAUGGUAUUAAAACCAUGAGGACAGAGAUGUUUAGCAGACGAAAUGGAGACAGACCGAAUGUCCAGAACAUUGCGGUUGUUCUGACAGACGGUGUGUCCAACAUCAACUCUCGCCGUACUAUUCCUGAAUCUGACUUAGCCCGCCAGGCAGGUAUCACAGUGUAUGCCAUCGGUAUUGGCAUCCAAGAUACCCGAGAAAUCGACGGAAUUGCCAACAAGCCUUUGGAUAAGUACCGAUUCAGUGUGGAUGAUUUUGAAGCUCUACAAAAUCUUGAUAAAACGCUUUUCAAGUCUCUGUGUAUUGAGGUUGAGACUCCCAAGCCAACACCCCCACCAACUACGCCAAGGCCAACGACUCUGCUGGAUUGUAUUGGUAGCGAGGCUGAUAUCGUUGUUGUUGUUGACGCCUCUACCAGUGUGACAGAACUCAACUUCCAGCUUCAGCUGGCCUUCCUCAUGGAUCUUGUCAAGAAAGCCGAUAUUCCCAAUGGAGCUGUGAGGUUUGGUGUUUUAACAUACAGCACUGAAGUCUACAUCCAGUUCCAUCUGAACGAGUACAGGACCAGGGACGACUACAUCAAUGCCAUUGCUCAGAUUCCGUACAACUACGGAAGCACCAAUACUGCAGAUGGUAUUAAAACCAUGAGGACAGAGAUGUUUAGCAGACGAAAUGGAGACAGACCAAAUGUCCAGAACAUUGCGGUUGUUCUGACAGACGGUGUGUCCAACAUCAACUCCCGCCGUACUAUUCCUGAAGCUGACUUAGCCCGCCAGGCAGGUAUCACAGUGUAUGCUAUCGGUAUUGGCAUCCAAGAUACCCGAGAAAUCGACGGAAUUGCCAACAAGCCUUUGGAUAAGUACCGAUUCAGUGUGGAUGACUUUGAAGCUCUACAAAAUAUAGAUAAAACGCUUUUCAAGUCUCUGUGUAUUGAGCCAGAGACGCCCAAACCAACCCCACCGCCAACUACACCCAGACCAACCACCUUGCAGGAUUGUAUUGGCACCGAGGCUGACAUCGUUGUUGUUGUUGACGCCUCCACCAGUGUAACAGAGUUCAACUUCCAGCUUCAGCUGGCCUUCCUCAUGGAUCUAGUGAAGAAAGCCGAUGUUCCUAAUGGCGCUGUGAGGUUUGGUGUUUUAACAUUCAGCACUGAAGUCUACAUCCAGUUCCACAUGAAUGAAUACUCGACCAGGGACGACUACAUCAACGCCAUUGCUCAGAUUCCUUACAACUACGGAAGCACCAAUACCGCUGAUGGUAUUAAAACCAUGAGGACAGAGAUGUUUAGCAGAAGAAAUGGAGACAGACCGAAUGUCCAGAACAUUGCUGUUGUUCUGACGGACGGUGUGUCCAACAUCAACUCUCGCCGUACUAUUCCUGAAGCUGACUUAGCCCGACAGGCAGGUAUCACAGUGUAUGCUAUCGGUAUUGGCAUCCAAGAUACCCGAGAAAUCGACGGAAUUGCCAACAAGCCUUUGGAUAAGUACCGAUUCAAUGUGGACGACUUUGAAGCUCUACAAAACAUUGAUAAAAGCCUUUUCAAAUCCCUCUGCAUCAACCCGGAGACACCCAGGCCCACUCCAGCACCAACCACACCUCGCCCGACCACUACACCAAUGCCGCUCCCCAGAGCUUGCAUCGGUGCGAAGGCCGACAUUGUCGUGGUGCUGGACGCAUCCACCAGUGUCACCGAGUUCAACUUCCAGCUUCAGUUGGCCUUCAUCCAGGACUUGAUCAAGCCUGCCGACAUCGACAACGGCAACGUACGAGUUGGUUUGUUGACCUACAGCACUGAGGUGUACGUUCAGUUCCAACUGAAUACCUACCGCUCCAAGGCCGACAUUAUUAAUGCCAUUAGCAGCGUUCCAUACAACUACGGUAGUACGAACACUGCAGGCGGUCUGGAAACGAUGAGGACUGAGAUGUUUAGCCAACGGAACGGCGAUCGUCCGGGCGUGAUGGACAUCGCUGUGAUCAUGACAGACGGUAUCUCCAACAUCAAUUCCCAGCGGACCAUACCGGAAGCGGAACAGGCCAGACGGGAAGGCAUCACGAUAUUCGCUAUUGGUAUCGGACUCACGGACACCCGAGAGUUGGACGGUAUUGCCAGCAAACCUCUUGAUGAGUACAGAUUUAAUGUGGAGGAUUUCGCUGCGCUGCAGGAUAUUGACAGACAACUGUAUGCCUCUAUUUGCAGCGAGCAAACCACCGUAGCAACAACAACAUUACCCACGCCUCCUCCCACGUCAGCCUUUGUUCAGCCCAUAGCGUGUGUUGGAGCUAAGGCUGACAUUGUCAUUGUGUUGGACGCUUCUACCAGCGUGACCGAGUUGAACUUCCAGCUUCAGUUGGCCUUCGUGCAAGACUUAAUGAAACCCGCCGACAUCGACAACGGGAACGUCCGCGUUGCUUUGCUGACCUACAGUACUGAGGUGUACACUCAGUUCUACUUGGACGAAUAUAACUCCAAAUCCGCCAUCAUUAACGCCAUCGGCAAUGUUCCUUACAACUACGGCAGUACCAACACCGCUGACGCUCUGAAAGCCAUGAGAACCGAGUUGUUCAGCACAGCCCGUGGGGAUCGGCCCAACGUCGACAACAUUGCCGUUGUGAUGACCGACGGCGUAUCCAACAUCAACUCCCGACGUACCAUUCCGGAGGGUAAACUCGCUAGAGAUGCUGGUAUCACUAUGUUCGCUAUCGGUAUUGGCAUCCAAGAUACCAGAGAGUUGGACGGCAUUGCCAAUCGACCAUUAGAUGAAUACAGAUUCAAUGUCGAAGACUUCGAAGCACUUCAAGACAUUGGCUGGCAGCUCUACUCGUCCAUUUGUUCUCAACCUAACAAACCGAAAACUCCUGAGCCCACAACACAGAUUUGCCUUGGAAUUGCAUUUGACAUUGUGUUUCUUCUCCCGUCUACGUCGAGCUUGACACACAAAGACUUUAAGCGCAUGCUGCACUUUGUGAUACACGUUGUGAAAACCUUAGACAUCAACAGUGGACUAGUUCGGAUCGGCCUGCUAACAUACAACACUCGAGCCAAUGUUGAAUUCUUUCUGGGACAGUACCACUCAAAGAGAACGAUUAUCAAAGCUAUCCGCAGAACGCGCCUUCCAAAAGGAGGCACAAACACCGCGGACGGCAUCCUGCGCGCUCGGCGGACCAUGUUCAGGAAGAAGAACGGAGAUCGAUUGGACGUUCCCAAUGUGUUGAUCGUGGUGACUAAUGCCUUGUCGGAUGUCAAUCCUCAUCGGACGAUUCCUCAAGCAAGCGCCGCCAAAGAGGACGGCAUCAAAGUGUUCACGGUGGGCGUGGAUUUGCCAAACCUAAGGGAGAUAAAUGCCAUUAGCAGCCAACCUUUGUCUAACCACCGCAUCCUCGUGGAGAAUUUUGACUUGCUCGACGAUGCAACAGAUGUUUUAUCUUACUACUUUUGCACGGGAACCACCAGAAGGACUAGGAGAACUCGGCCACCAAGGACAACAACAACAACAACUACACCACGUCCUACUCCACGACGUACCAGACCCACGAGUGUGACUGACAAUGCCCAGAGAUUGGGACGCAAAAAUGUUUCAAAAACUAUCAUUAUACACACUAUCGUUCGUCAGGCUACUCACCAGAUAAUCUUCCUGCUUCAGUGCCACGCCCUUAAAACUAUUCACAAACUUCAUCUCAAAACAUUCAUCUUCACAAAACGACCACAUGUUGAAAGCUGCAAAAACAACAUCGCCUUAAUGUAUAUCAAACUCAUAGGUGCAAAUGGAAGAGACGUUGUAAUCCUCUUGGACGCCUCCAUGCCUCAGAACCAGUUUAACCGGGGCAAGCAGUUCGCCAGGAACUUUGCCCAGCGGUUUAAUGUGGAUUCCGGUGACACAAGAAUAGGCCUCAUGACCUACAGUGAUUCACCAAGAAGCUGGUCUUACUUGAAUCGCUACAACAAACAAUCCGACGUUCUCUCGGGCAUUCGCAAUUUGCGGAGGACAGGAGGCCGCUCCAACACAGCCUCGGCUCUGAGGACAACCAGGACAGAUAUGUUCUCACAGGGCAAUGGGGAUCGACCUUUGGCCAACAACUUUGUGCUCCUUCUCACCUCUCAACAGUCCGUAGAUAGGAGGGACACAGUACAAGAAGCCCAGAGGCUGAGGAACGCAGGAGCCCAGGUGUACACCGUGGGUCUGGGACAGAGAGACACAAGUGAACUAGAAUCUAUCGCCACACCGCCGGGUCGAGACAACAGCUUUAAUGUUAGAUCGCCUGAUGAUAUGAACCAGGUUCCUGGCAGAGUCGUCGACGGGAUCAGGCAACUGGUGCCUGACCAACAACCUGGGACGACACUCACAGAUUCACAGACCACUCCGCAAGCACUAGUUCCAAUAUACUUCUACAUUGCCGAUUCCAUUUGUCACCUAGGCAAAAACGGAAGAGAUGUUGCCAUACUUUUGGAUGCUUCCAUGCCACAGGACCAGUUUAACCAGGGACGUCAGUUCGCCAGGAACUUUGCCCAGCGGUUUAACGUGGAUUCCGGUGACACAAGAAUUGGUGCCAUGACCUACAGUGAUUCACCAAGAAGCUGGUUUUACUUGAAUCGCUACAACAAACAAUCUGACGUUCUCUCGGGCAUUGACAACCUGCGGAGAACAGGCGGCCGCUCCAACACAGCCUCGGCUCUGAGGACAACCAGGACAGAUAUGUUCUCACAGGGCAAUGGGGAUCGACCUUUGGCCAACAACAUUGUCCUCCUUCUCACCUCUCAACAGUCUGUGGACAGGAGGGGCACAGUGCAAGAAGCCACGAGGCUGAGGAACGCAGGAGCCCAGGUGUACACCGUGGGUCUGGGACAGAGAGACACAAGUGAACUAGAUACUAUCGCCACACCGCCGGGGCGAGACAACAGCUUUAAUGUUAGAUCGCCUGAUGAUAUGAACCAGGUUCCUGGCAGAGUCGUCGACAGGAUCAGACAACUGCCUGACCAACAACCUGGGACAAAACAAACAGAUUCACAAACCACUCCGCAAACACUGGCACCAAGCAAAAACGGAAGAGAUGUUGCCAUACUUUUGGAUGCCUCCAUGCCACAGGACCAGUUUAACCAGGGACGUCAGUUCGCCAGGAACUUUGCCCAGCGGUUUAACGUGGAUUCCGGUGACACAAGAAUUGGUGCCAUGACCUACAGUGAUUCACCAAGAAGCUGGUUUUACUUGAAUCGCUACAACAAACAAUCUGACGUUCUCUCGGGCAUUGACAACCUGCGGAGAACAGGCGGCCGCUCCAACACAGCCUCGGCUCUGAGGACAACCAGGACAGAUAUGUUCUCACAGGGCAAUGGGGAUCGACCUUUGGCCAACAACAUUGUCCUCCUUCUCACCUCUCAACAGUCUGUGGACAGGAGGGGCACAGUGCAAGAAGCCACGAGGCUGAGGAACGCAGGAGCCCAGGUGUACACCGUGGGUCUGGGACAGAGAGACACAAGUGAACUAGAUACUAUCGCCACACCGCCGGGGCGAGACAACAGCUUUAAUGUUAGAUCGCCUGAUGAUAUGAACCAGGUUCCUGGCAGAGUCGUCGACAGGAUCAGACAACUGCCUGACCAACAACCUGGGACAAAACAAACAGAUUCACAAACCACUCCGCAACCACUGGCACCAAGCAAAAACGGAAGAGAUGUUGCCAUACUUUUGGAUGCCUCCAUGCCACAGGACCAGUUUAACCAGGGACGUCAGUUCGCCAGGAACUUUGCCCAGAGGUUUAACGUGGAUUCCGGUGACACAAGAAUUGGUGCCAUGACCUACAGUGAUUCACCAAGAAGCUGGUUUUACUUGAAUCGCUACAACAAACAAUCUGACGUUCUCUCGGGCAUUGACAACCUGCGGAGAACAGGCGGCCGCUCCAACACAGCCUCGGCUCUGAGGACAACCAGGACAGACAUGUUCUCACAGGCCAAUGGAGAUCGACCUUUAGCCAACGACAUUGUCCUCCUUCUCACCUCUCAACAGUCUGUGGACAGGAGGGGCACAGUGCAAGAAGCCCAGAGGCUGAGGAACGCAGGAGCCCAGGUGUACACCGUGGGUCUGGGACAGAGAGACACAAGUGAACUAGAUUCUAUCGCCACACCGCCGGGUCGAGACAACAGCUUUAAUGUUAGAUCGCCUGACGAUAUGAACCAGGUUCCUGGCAGAGUCGUCGACAGGAUCAGACAACUGCCUGACCAACAACCUGGGACAAAACAAACAGAUUCACAAACCACUCCGCAAACACUGGCACCAAGCAAAAACGGAAGAGAUGUUGCCAUACUUUUGGAUGCCUCCAUGCCACAGGACCAGUUUAACCAGGGACGUCAGUUCGCCAGGAACUUUGCCCAGAGGUUUAACGUGGAUUCCGGUGACACAAGAAUUGGUGCCAUGACCUACAGUGAUUCACCAAGAAGCUGGUUUUACUUGAAUCGCUACAACAAACAAUCUGACGUUCUCUCGGGCAUUGACAACCUGCGGAGAACAGGCGGCCGCUCCAACACAGCCUCGGCUCUGAGGACAACCAGGACAGAUAUGUUCUCACAGGGCAAUGGGGAUCGACCUUUGGCCAACAACAUUGUCCUCCUUCUCACCUCUCAACAGUCUGUGGACAGAAGGGGCACAGUGCAAGAAGCCACGAGGCUGAGGAACGCAGGAGCCCAGGUGUACACCGUGGGUCUGGGACAGAGAGACACAAGUGAACUAGAUUCUAUCGCCACACCGCCGGGUCGAGACAACAGCUUUAAUGUUAGAUCGCCUGACGAUAUGAACCAGGUUCCUGGCAGAGUCGUUGACAGGAUCAGACAGCUGCCUGACCAACAACCUGGGACAAAACAAACAGAUUCACAAACCACUCCGCAAACACUGACACCAAGCAAAAACGGAAGAGAUGUUGCCAUACUUUUGGAUGCCUCCAUGCCACAGGACCAGUUUAACCAGGGACGUCAGUUCGCCAGGAACUUUGCCCAGCGGUUUAACGUGGAUUCCGGUGACACAAGAAUUGGUGCCAUGACCUACAGUGAUUCACCAAGAAGCUGGUUUUACUUGAAUCGCUACAACAAACAAUCUGACGUUCUCUCGGGCAUUGACAACCUGCGGAGGACAGGCGGCCGCUCCAACACAGCCUCGGCUCUGAGGACAACCAGGACAGAUAUGUUCUCACAGGGCAAUGGGGAUCGACCUUUGGCCAACAACAUUGUCCUCCUUCUCACCUCUCAACAGUCUGUGGACAGAAGGGGCACAGUGCAAGAAGCCCAGAGGCUGAGGAACGCAGGAGCCCAGGUGUACACCGUGGGUCUGGGACAGAGAGACACAAGUGAACUAGAUUCUAUCGCCACACCGCCGGGUCGAGACAACAGCUUUAAUGUUAGAUCGCCUGAUGAUAUGAACCAGGUUCCCGGCAGAGUCGUCGACAGGAUCAGACAACUGCCGGAUCAACAACCUGGGACAAAACCGACGGAUUCUAAAUCGCCUCAAACUUUGGCACCCAACAAAAACGGGAGGGAUGUUGUCUUUAUUGUGGACGCAUCCAUGCCUUCAGGUCAAUUCAACCGCGCUCGGCAGUUUGCUACGGACCUUGCCAAGCGUUUUGAUGUGGACUCUGGGAACACAAGAAUCGGUGCCUUGACCUACAGCAAUUCCGCUAGACCGGAGUUCUACCUGAAUCAGUUUACCAAACAGGACGUGGUCUUAGCCGGCAUUGACGGAUUCCAGAGAACUGGUGGACAGUCGAACACAGCCGCUGGUUUGAGAUUGGCUAGAACAAAUUUUUUCUCCCAGAACAACGGAGAUAGGCCGUUGGCCAACAACAUAGCCGUUCUGUUGACCUCCAAACCCUCUCUUGACAAGUGGGACACUUUAGACGAGGCACAGAGACUGAGAAAUGAAGGGGUACAGGUAUAUCCCGUGGGCCUCGGGCAGAGAGACACGACUGAACUGGAGUCUAUCGCUUCACAGCCUGGCCCAGACAACACCUUCAAUGUACGAUCCCCCAAUGAUAUGAAACAGACUCCAGGCAAAGUGCUCGAUCGCAUCAGACAAUUACCAGACCUCGCUGAUCCUACACGGCCCACACGAGCAACAACUACUGCGGCUCCAAAAACUACCACGAUGCCCGCAACCACGACAGAAGCCCCAAGGAUGAUACCCGCAAGCGCAAAUGGCAAGGACGUCGUCAUGGUUUUGGACGCUUCUGUGUCGAGCGAACAGUUCGGACAAAUCCAGGGAUUCGCCAGGAAUUUCGCCCAGAGAUUCGACGUAGAUUCAGGAGAUUCUCGCAUCGGCGUCAUGACCUACAGCUCUUCACCAAGAACCCAGUGGAACCUCAACAGAUACAGAACUCGUUCUGACGUCGUAUCUGGUAUUAACGGUCUUCGGCGCACAGGUGGCGUGCCAGAUACAGCGACCGCUUUGAGAUCUGCCAGAACAUCCAUGUUCACUCGCCAGGCCGGAGACAGACCUUUGGCGAACAACAUUGUCUUGCUCGUGACCUCAAGGCGUUCCCGUGACCAGCGGAGCACUCGGGAAGAAGCCCGACAAUUACGUAACGCAGGAGCUACAGUUUACGUCAUUGGGCUUGACCUACCACAGACUGACGAGAUCGAGGCCAUAGCGUCUCCCCCGGGUCGGGACAAUAGCUUUAACCUGAGGAACCCUGGAGACUGGAACCGAGCGCCAAAUAACCUGGUCGACAGGAUUGUUUUAUCUGUACUCUCCUUGGUUGUGUUUAAUUGUGGGCAAGCUAAAAUGUGCUUUGAAAUGUAUUUGAGACUUGUUUUUUAUGUUUUUUGCCAUAUUUUGCUGUUAAUUCUGUCCUUUUUGUCAUGUAAAUACUGUGUUGUUCUUCCAGUACCCACAACAACAACGGAAGCUCCCAGAAUGGUACCCAGAAGCACGAAUGGCAAGGACGUCGUGAUGGUUCUGGACUCGUCUGUACCCAGUAACCAAUUCGGACAGGUUCAACAAUUUGCACGGAGGUUCGCUGAGAGAUUCGACGUCGAUUCUGGAGAUGCACGGAUUGGCCUGAUGACGUACAGCUCCUCUCCCAGGACGCAAUGGAAUCUGAAUAGGUACCGGACGCGUUCAAACGUCGUUUCGGAGAUCGACAGGCUCCGAAGCACGGGCGGAACGCCAGACACAUCGGCCGCUCUGCGCUCAGCCAGGACGUCAAUGUUUACCAGACAAGCUGGCGAUCGACCCCUUGCAAACAACAUUGUCUUGCUCGUGACGUCCAGACGUUCCCGGGACCAGCGGAGCACCCGGGAAGAAGCCCGGCAAUUACGUAACGCCGGAGCUACAGUUUACGCUAUAGGACUUGACCUACCACAGACUGACGAGAUCGAGGCCAUAGCGUCUCCCCCGGGUCGGGACAACAGCUUUAACCUGAGGAACCCUGGAGACUGGAACCGAGCGCCAAAUAAUCUGGUGGACAGAAUAGUUCAGCUUCCAGACUUGACCACGCCCAGAACAACAACAACAACAACGACAACAGCACCAAGAACCACAACCGAGGCUCCAAGGAAUGUCCCGAGAAGCACGAAUGGAAAGGACGUUGUAAUGGUAUUGGAUACCACUAUGCCCAGAGAUCAGUUCGAUCAGGUGCAGCGACUUGCCAGGAACUUUGCCGAACGAUUCGACGUCGAUUCCGGAGAUGCUAGAAUCGGAGUAGUCUCCUACGGAUCGUCUCCUAGAACGCAGUUCAACCUGAACCGCUACAAGACCCGAUCCAGCGUCGUGUACGGGAUAAACCGGAUCCGCAGUACGAGAGGCACGCCCGACACAGCGGCGGCGCUGAGGACGGCGCGGACCUCUAUGUUCACAGUGCCAUCUGGCGACAGACCUCUGGCAAACAACAUUUUGCUGCUCGUCACCUCGAAACAGUCACGUGACCAACAAGACACUCAAGACGAGGCUCGGCGGUUAAGAGAUGCUGGGGCCACCGUGUACGUGAUCGGACUUGACCUCCCUGACACUGAUGAGAUCGAGUCCAUCGCCUCACCCCCGGGGCGAGAUAACAGCUUUAACUUGAGGAGCCCUGCAGACUGGAACCGUGCCCCCAAUAAUUUGGUGGACAGGAUUGUCCAACUGCCCGAGUUGACCACCACAACGUUACCACCCACAACCACUGAGGUACCCAGAAAUGUACCAAGAAGUACAAAUGGUAAGGAUGUUGUAAUGGUGUUGGACUCCUCUGUGCCUAGCGACCAGUUCAAACUGGUUCAGCGUUUCGCUCGUGAAUUUGCUCAGAGAUUCGACGUGGAUUCCGGAGACGCCAGGGUCGGCGUAACAACGUACGGUUCCUCACCCAGGACGCAGUUUUACCUGAACCGCUACAGAAACGGCGCCGAUGUCCAAUCCGCAAUUGACAGGUUGCGACCCACCGGUGGAACGCCUAACACAGCAUCGGCCUUGCGAAGCGCACGGUCCUACCAGUUCACGCGGUCAUAUGGAGACAGGCCAUUGGCCAAUAACAUCAUGGUACUUGUGACGUCAAAAAAGUCACGUGAUCAGCGUAGUACCCAGGACGAGGCCCAGAGGCUACGUGAUGCCGGAAUCACGGUGUACACUAUCGGAAUCGACCUCCCUGAGACUGACGAGCUGGAGGCGAUUGCAUCCCCCCCGGGAGUUGAUAACAGUUUUAAUGUGAGGAACCCCACAGAGUGGAACCGAGUCCCCAACCAAUUGGUGGACAGAGUUGUUCAGUUGCCAGAUCUAACAACAACUACACGAGCAACAACAACCAGGCGAACCUAUCCCUUGCUUAACCUUUCCUUGGAUUACUACCCUUGCUUCAACAACAACGUCAACCCAAGUGUCCGUGUAUGUUUGUCCGGUGACAUUGUUUACGAAAGUUGUCUGGCAGUCUUGCAAACUUAUAUUAUAUUUGUAGGGACAACUACCACCAGACCUAGAACUACGGAAGAUCCCAGAUUGACCCAAGGACCAAGACCUAGAGGCCCGAACAUGGGAGGAAAAGACGUCGUCUUAGUACUGGACUCAUCCAUGUCUCAGGAUCAGUUUGACCAAGCCAUCAAAUUCGCCAACGAUUUCGUCAGUAAAUUCGACGUCAGCAGCGGCGAUGCACGCAUCGGUCUGUUGACAUUCAGCUCCUCUCCUAGAGUCCGCUUCCAUCUGAACCGCUACUGGACUCAAAACGUCAUCGCCGAGAACCUCAACAAUCUGGUGCGGGUGCCCGGCGACACGAACACGGCGCUGGCUCUGAGAACGGCGCGUUCCAGGAUGUUCACCAGGAACAAUGGAGAUCGUCCCUACGCCAACAACAUCCUCAUACUCAUCACCGCCAAGGACUCCAUCAACAAACAGCUGACGAUAAACGAGGCGGAAAGGGCCCAAAAUGACGGAAUUCACGUGUACACCGUUGGCUUGACCCUGCCGGACACCGAAGAACUGGAAGGAAUCGCGUCUCCACCAGCCAUUGAAAAUAGCAUUAAUAUCGGCGCCAUGAGUGAAUUGGCAGAGGUACCCGGUAUCUUACUCUACAAGAUCCAGAGACUACCAGAAAUGACCACCGUCGAGGUAACCAGACCCCCACCAGUCACGAGACCCCCAUUUAGAACUUACGCACCCUUCACAGGAGAUUGCCCGGGUAACGGCGAUAUCAUCUUCGUUCUGGAUUCUUCUGGAAGUGUUGGAGGAGAAAACUUCGACCUUGUGAAAGAUUUUGUCAUUUUCACCAUCGAGGCGUUGGACAUCGAAUCAGGGGCCUACAGAAUCGGUAUUAGUAGUUUCAGUGACUCGGCACGCAUCGAGUUCAAUCUGAACUCCUACAACAAUCGUCCGGAUCUAGAGGCAGCCAUCAAGAGAAUACCGUACGUGUAUGGUUCCACCAACACGGCUGCUGCUCUCAAUCAGGUCCGCUACACGAUGUUGACGCCGUCCUACGGAGACAGACCAGAGGUACCUAAUAUGGUGAUUCUAUUGACCGAUGGCAAGUCCAACAUCAACCCUGAGAUGACCCUUCCAGAGGCCCGAUCCCUCAAACUCACCGGUACAACCAUACUGACCAUCGCUAUUGGGUUUGAAGCCACGUCAAGAGAGCUUCAGGGUCUAGCCUCCGAACCAGUCGCAGAAAACCUCAUCUUUGUGGACGACUUUGGAGCUUUGAACAAAGUCCAGGCAGCCAUUGUCAGACCAAUCUGUACAGAUGACAACCUUUGUAACGAGGGCACGUGUCAGAAUGGUGGCACCUGCUUGGAUGGCCUUAGGAGCUUCAUCUGCGUCUGCCCACGAGGAUUCCAUGGCACCAACUGUGAAAAGAAAUGCAAUGGUCCCACGGACAUCGUCUUCAUGUUGGUUUCCUCCAGGAACGUCGGUGACCACAACUUCGAGGAGAUGAAAGGAUUCACACAGUCCGUCGUUAAAGACCUUGCCGUCGAGGAAUGUGACGUCCGCGUCGGAGUGAUGAAAUACAAUACAUUGCCCAAGAUCAUGUUCAACCUGGGCGACCACCGUGACACUGACAGCAUCCUGUCCGCCGUGGACAACAUCUACUACUCCCGUGGAGGCAACAACAUCGCUCUCGCCAUCAGGGCUCUCAGGAACAUAAUGUUCGGAAACGCACACAGAAGACAGGCCAACAGGAUCGCUUACCUGUUCGUGGACGGUCCGUCGGACAUGGAGACGGGCUACACGCUGGGAGAAGCGGAAAUGGCGCACUCCUCCGGAAUCUUCGUCGUCCCAAUCGGCAUUGAUGUCGCCAACAUGGCGGAGAUGGAGGGCAUCGCGCAUGCGCAGGGCAUUCAACCCAUCGAGGCGAAAUCAUUCGGCGAACUCAACAACUUCCAGGCGGACGUCCUGCAGCCGGUCUUCCAAGAGGAGAAUAGGUGUGAUCCUGAUCCUUGUCAGAACGGCGGAACGUGCUCAAACAAACCAAACGGGUACAAAUGCACCUGUAUGCCCGGUUUCGUCGGAGACGUCUGUCAGUUCAGCUGCAGGACAAAGUCUGACGUCGCCCUCAUCAUUGAUACCUCCCGCUACAUGUACCGUUCGCGCCUGCGCGGAGUGAAACGUUAUAUCCGUACCAUGCUACAGCGAAUGGAGUUCGGCAGCGGAGACAACGUCCGAGUAGCUGUGGUUGACUACUCUUCUAACGCCUACACACGGCUCAGUCUAGAGGCCGGAAGAGACCAGAGGAACGUCAUGGCGGCCGUAGCUUCUCUCAGGCCUCAGUACGCGGACCCUGCUGCCGACCAAGGAUUUAAAGAAGCUGCUGCCAACAUAUUCCGACAGGGAUACGGGGACAGACGGGACGCUACGAACAUUGCGAUAAUCUUCACAGCGGGAUUACGUAACCCGUCUGAUGUUAUCUUGGCAUCGGACGACCUGAAGGCACAGGGCGUUCAUGUCAUCGGGGUUGGUGUUGGUUUGUCGAACUCUGACAGGAACUACCUUGAGGACGUCGUCUCCUCCCCUGCCUCCUCUAACGCCUUCAGCGUCGAUGAUCCGGUGGACUUAGGUGGUCAUCUGGACCUCAUGGUCAAGUCUGUCUGCGAAGAUGAGGACCAGUGUGCUGAGAACCCAUGUAUGAAUGGAGGGCGCUGUGUUGACCUGAACAACGACUACAGAUGUGAAUGCCCCAGGAACUUCUGCGGACGAGACUGCCAAAAGACGGAUGUCGUGUUCUUGCUGGAUUCCUCGCGAAGCGUUGGAAGAAAGAACUUCCGGAAGAUCCAGGACUUUGUGAGCAAUAUCGUCAGCGAAUUGUCCAUCGACUCCGGCCAGAUGAGGGUCGGAAUGGCCACUUAUGGCUCCCAGCAAGUUGGCUUUUAUAUGGACAAAUACAGAUCCAAAGAGUCGUUGAGGAACGGGAUCUACGGUGUUAGCUACAUAAUGGGGGAGACGAACACGGCUGCCGGUCUGAGACUGGUUAGAAACAGGAUGUUUAACGUUAGACGGGGCGAUCGACCUGGAGUCCAAAACAUCCUGGUGUUGGUGACUGACGGUCUGUCAAAUAUCAACUCUGACGUCACGGUCAAGGCCGCUCAGUUGCUGAAGGACUCAGGAGCCCACGUCUUCACCGUUGGCGUGGGGCUAUCAGACGACUGGGAGGCUAAAGCAAUGGCCACGGAACCGGCUAACCUCAACAGCUUCGACAUCCAGGACUUUGACGCCCUGCCGUCGAUUCGCGAGGAUCUUGUCAGUGCCAUUUGCAUAGAUCCAAGUCCAUGCGCCAGUAACCCAUGUCAAAAUGGAGGAAAAUGCGUGAUUGGACUGAACAGUUACACUUGUGAAUGUCAGAAGGGUACAGUCGGUGUCCAUUGCGAAACUAUGUGUCAAGAAAGAAAGGACAUUGCCUUCAUCUUGGAUUCCUCCAGCAGCGUCGGACCCUCAAAUUACAAGAAAACACUGAUGUUCAUCCAUAAACUGGUGGAUUCACUACACAUCGGAGUGGACGCUAUGGAGUGGCCCCUGAUCACCUACAGCACAGACUCCGCCCUGGUGUUCAGUCUGAACCGAUAUGGAGACAAGGAAAGGAUUCUAAACGCCGUCGAUUUGACGCGGUACAUUCCAGGCGCCACGAACACGGCCGAUGGUUUGGCAACCGCCAGGAAGUACGUCUUCGGCGGUCUUUCUGGGGACCGCAGAGAAGCCGAUAACAUCGCCAUACUGAUAACAGACGGCGAGUCGAACGUCUUGCCGCACAGGACCGUUCCCGAGGCCGAGAAGCUGAGAGACGCCGGAGUGAAAAUCAUUGGCGUCGGCAUUGCGCUGGAAAAUUCCGACGAGUUGUCCAACAUUGUUGGGGAUACCUCCAAUAUGUUUUUGGCGGAUACCUUCAGUAGCCUUGAUGAUCUCACUGUGGACGUCACCCAGAGUUACUGCACGGGUAUUCCAGAAUAUUACGAUGAGUUCGAGGAUUAUGAAGUCGGCGGAUUUGAUUCGACAGCAGGAGGCACCAGCAGUACCGGCGGAGGUGGACGUAGAACGGGAGGAGGUGGUCGCAGAACUGGUGGAGGUGAUUCACAAACAGGCGGUGGUGGCUCGCAAACAGGCGGCACCAGUAGCACAGGAGGCGGUGGGGGCACGCGAUGGGAGUCUAGUAGCACAGGCGGUGGUGGUAUUUCCCAAACAGGCGGCGGUGGAUCACAAACAGGCGGCACCAGUAGCACAGGAGGCGGUGGUGGCACGCGAUGGGAGUCUAGUAGCACAGGCGGCGGCCGGUGGUGGUUCCAAACAGGUGGCACCAGUAGCACAGGAGGUGGUGGUGGCACGCGAUGGGAGUCUAGUAGCACAGGCGGCGGCGGCGGCGGUGGCUCACAAACAGGCGGCACCAGUAGCACAGGAGGCGGUGGUGGCACGCGAUGGGAGUCACGCACAGGCGGUACCAGUAGCACAGAUGGCGGUGGUGGUGGAGAGGCGGCGCGGCGGCUCACGAACAGGCGGCACCAGUAGCACAGGAGGCGGUGUGGCACGCGAUGGGAGUCACGCACAGGCGGCACCAGUAGCACAGGGGGUGGUGGUGGCUCACAAACAGGCGGCACCAGUAGCACAGGAGGUGGUGGUGGUACG